GCGUAUUGUCUUCGAUGGCUCUCGUGGGAAACCCUAAUUUGUCGAUUGUAGAAUCAUCUUGUGCAAUCCCCUAAUUUCUCGAUUGGAGACCCUAAUUUAUCGAUUGUAGAAUCAUCGAUCGGAGAAACAGCAUCCGAUUUGGAUUUGUGUGGUAAACGAAAAAGAGGUGAUGAGAUUGAGGAAAUCGAUGGCCUCAUAGCAAAAGAGGCAAAGGCAAAGGAAUCGCGGCAUGUAUUGGAAUUCACAGAUUUCGAUCAGCUGCUGCACCGUUUUAAAGAUGAGUUGAUCUUCGAAAAGGAAGAUUUCGAUCUUAUGAGAGACUAUUGCGAGAGUGACGAUGAUACUGAUAUGAAAGAGGAGAUGAAAAGAAGUCUCCCCUUCGACAACGAGCCCGUUCUCAAGUACAUCAGUCAAGUCCGCAAUAGCGGUGGUUUUGAUGUGGAUGUGAAGCUUCCUCGUUGGCUGGAGCUGGGCUGGAAUUUCAUCCACCUUCCUGUGGCCGAAAAUCGUGAUGAAUUGUAUGAGCUAGCAAAGCUUGCGAUUGAUGAAAUCAAUGUUGACAUGAAAAGCAAAACUUUCGAGCUUGUGGAAGUUGUCAAGGCUGUCCAGUCGCGGCCCAUCUUUGAGCUGAUGUUUUUGACGCUGGCUGUGAAAAGAGUAGAGGCAGAAGAAGCUGCUACUAAUAAUAAUAUCACUAUCCAAGCAAUUGUCUCCGAUCCCUUUAAUGCCCCAACGGAGCUUAAGGAGUGGAGGUUCAAACCAUAGCCGAAGGUUUGAUUGUUCCAUUCUUCUUCUACUACUAUGUGAUAUGUAAUGUUUUAACAACUUCUUGCUAAUUCUACUACUCUGUUUAUGUUUUCUA